GUUGUUUAGAAAAUCCUUGUUUAUUUUUCUGAAGAACUUACAAGAUUUAAUCAAAAUGUCUGAGCUUGCUGACCGAUUGGCGAAGAGGAGAGAGAUCAACGAAGGAGAAGUCGACGCUCCCGCUUUAAAUAUUGAACCAAAAUCUGCAACAUAUAACUCUGGUGAGAAAGACACUGUAGAUGCUGCUGAUAAUGAGUUGGCGAAUAAACUAAAAAGGCAAGGAAAUAUAAAUGAUGGAAUGGAGGUUUCACAAAAUCCUUCAGUAAAACAUUUCAAUCCAUACACUGAGUUUAAAGAAUUCACACGUGCACAAAUUAAGAACUUCAGAAAAAAGUUUGACUUGUAUGACACUUCACGUGAUGGAGUAAUCGACUUCAUGGAGUUGAAGGUGAUGAUGGAAAAAUUGGAGGCACCUCAGACUCAUUUGGCUCUUAAAGCGAUGAUCAAAGAGGUUGAUGAAGACAUGGACACAAAGAUUAGUUUCCGUGAAUUCCUCCUUAUAUUCCGAAAAGCAGCUUGUGGCGAGCUUCAAGUUGAUGGUUUGAAAGUGUUGGCAGAUAUGCCGGAAAUCAAUGUCGGUGAGGAGGGAGUUAAAGGGGCCAAAAACUUCUUCCAAGCAAAGGCAGAUAAAAUAGCAGAGACGAACAAAUUUGAGAAAGAGAUUAAAGAAGAACAAGAAAUGAAAAGGAAAGAACAGGAAGAGAAGAAACAGCGAAGGAUGGAAUUUAAAGCAAAAGCAAACCUCUUCCAAUAAGCAUGAAUAUUUAAUUUCUAUUUUUUUGAGAUGUAAAUUUUGAAUUUAAACCAUUUGUACCAAUGUAUUCACUUCACAAACUUUUUACUAAAAGUGCUUUGUUUUAGGUGUUACUAACAUCGUUUUAAUCUGCACUCAAUAUCAAGUAGUUUAGAACAACUUUUUAUCCACAUUUUCAUAUUUUCAACCAAAAACUGUACUCUGUUAAUUAAAUGCAACUUAUUUUCUAGUGUACCACCCGAAUAGUAGCAUAAUUCCACUGUUUAGAAUCAUAUAAAAACCAAAUCUUCAGUAUUAUGUAUGUCCCUAACUCAUAAACAACAUGCUACCAACAUUGAUUACUUGCAGUGUUUUGAAAUCAUUUUUGAGGCAUCUUAGCAUUUCUAUGUUUUUAAACUGUUCUUCCAUUUGAUACUUGUACAUAGUCUAACUUCUUUGAUCAAUCUUAUAUAGAGUGUUUGUGAUUCUUAUUAAUUGCCCAAUACCAAUUGCAGUUACCGCAUAUUAGUUUCGCAAAGCCAUCUUACGCUAGCUUGCCUUUCGAUUGGUAUAUAUUGAAGUUUUCCUGCCCAAUUUUAUUCGUAUUGCAAUUUAAUCUGCUUUAUUCUCAUUAAUCCGUGUUCUUGCCCAACUUCUAAAAACAACAGUAAACUUUUCAAACAUGGUAUGAAGAAAUAUCACCAUGCUGUUGAUAUUAUUAAAAUUUAUUCAGGGUAAAUAUGACGGUAAAAUAAAUUUUACAGCAC